UCGGGCCACUUGUUCCGAACAGUCGAGUUAGUGCUGUGGCUUGUGUAACUGCGAGUGCAUAACGCUUGGUGAACUGGAACUAAAUAGCAAGAUAUACUCAAACACAAACAAAAACGAAGAAACUUUGUGUUGCUGUAGCAGCAGACGUUUCGGAUAGACCCGGUGGAUCUGAGUGGUGCUGUCAAAAUGGGAGUUCAAGGCUGUCUUAGCGUCACAAAAUACAUUCUGUUCCUGUUCAACCUUCUGUGUUUUUUAAUCGGAGUACUGAUGCUGGCAUGUGGCCUCUGGAUACUCUUUGAUGAGUCAUCAUUUCUCAAAACCUUAAAUAUACCCCCACUCCAACUAUUUUCUUACAUAUUUUGUGGCUGUGGCACUUUCACUAUGAUGAUUGGCUUUUUUGGAUGUCUGGGUGCUCUCAAAGAAGUUCAGUGUAUGCUGGGAAUGUACUUCUUUUUCCUGCUCAUGCUUCUGGCUGCACAGAUUACCCUUGGAACAUUAAUCUACACCCAGAGGAACACGGUUAAGGCAUAUGCUGCAGAGUCAGUAACGAAAAUUAUUAUAAACUACAAAAGUGAAAAUGCUUCCAAUCCAGCAUUACACAAAGACUUGGACAAGAUUCAGGAAAAUCUGCAGUGCUGUGGAUGGACCUCCAAAAAUGACUGGAAGCAAAACACAUUCAUCAACCAAGGAUCAGUCCCCUGCUCCUGUUAUAACCAGAGUAAACCUGAAUCCCAUAUGAAACAAAAUGAGACAGAGCUGUGUGAAGUGGAGAGCGAAUAUGUCUACAGUCAGGGUUGUCAAGACAAGAUCCUGUUAUGGCUUGAAAACAGUCUUUCCUGGAUAUUUGCCACCUGUGCAGUAAUCGGUGUGAUCGAGCUCUUUGGUAUGAUCCUUUCGAUGUGUCUGUGUAGAAGAAUUGGCCAAGACUACGACAAGCUCAUCCGCUUCAGCUGAUUUGGCUCCUGGCAAUUGAGGCCCCAGGACUCAACACAUCUAUCCAGCUCUUGAGUGUGUGUGUGUGUGUUUAUUCUUUCCAGACAUUUGUUAACCUUUACUUAUGCUUUUAUUCCUGUGGAAGCCACUUGGAAAGCAGUUGAAGUUUGUUUUUUACCUUUAUAAUCUUUCAGUGGACUCCAUCCAACAAAGUAUGAUCUCUGACACUCAUGCAGGGAAAUGCUGCAGCACAUGCAAUGCUGGCCUUUGCCAUCCUCCUCACUGCAGGCUGCUGAUCACACUGCUGAUAUUCAGACCCUGUGGUGUAGGAAUUCCACUAGGAAUCCAUAUACAGUAGUAUUUGUUCUUACAGUACUGUAUACAGUGGUGUGAAAAACUAUUUGCCCCCUUCCUGAUUUCUUAUUCUUUUGCAUGUUUGUCACACAAAAUGUUUUUGAUCAUCAAACACAUUUAACCAUUAGUCAAAUAUAACACAAGUAAACACAAAAUGCAGUUUGUAAAUGGUGGUUUUUAUUAUUUAGGGAGAAAAAAAAUCCAAACCUACAUGGCCCUGUGUGAAAAAGUAAUUGCCCCCUGAACCUAAUAACUGGUUGGGCCACCCUUAGCAGCAAUAACUGCAAUCAAGCGUUUGCGAUAACUUGCAAUGAGUCUUUUACAGCGCUCUGGAGGAAUUUUGGCCCACUCAUCUUUGCAAAAUUGUUGUAAUUCAGCUUUAUUUGAGGGUUUUCUAGCAUGAAUCGCCUUUUUAAGGUCAUGCCGUAGCAUCUCAAUUGGAUUCAGGUCAGGACUUUGACUAGGCCACUCCAAAGUCUUCAUUUUGUUUUUCUUCAGCCAUUCAGAGGUGGAUUUGCUGGUGUGUUUUGGGUCAUUGUCCUGUUGCAGCACCCAAGAUCGCUUCAGCUUGAGUUGACGAACAGAUGGCCGGACAUUCUCCUUCAGGAUUUUUUGGUAGACAGUAGAAUUCAUGGUUCCAUCUAUCACAGCAAGCCUUCCAGGUCCUGAAACAGCAAAACAACCCCAGACCAUCACACUACCACCACCAUAUUUUACUGUUGGUAUGAUGUUCUUUUUCUGAAAUGCUGUGUUCCUUUUACGCCAGAUGUAACGGGACAUUUGCCUUCCAAGAAGUUCAACUUUUGACUCAUCAGUCCACAAGGUAUUUUCCCAAAAGUCUUGGCAAUCAUUGAGAUGUUUCUUAGCAAAAUUGAGACGAGCCCUAAUGUUCUUUUUGCUUAACAGUGGUUUGCGUCUUGGAAAUCUGCCAUGCAGGCCGUUUUUGCCCAGUCUCUUUCUUAUGGUGGAGUCGUGAACACUGACCUUAAUUGAGGCAAGUGAGGCCUGCAGUUCUUGAGACUUUGUCCUGGGGUCUUUUGUGACCUCUCGGAUGAGUCGUCUCUGCGUUCUUGGGGUAAUUUUGGUCGGCCGGCCACUCCUGGGAAGGUUCACCACUGUUCCAUGUUUUUGCCAUUUGUGGAUAAUGGCUCUCACUGUGGUUCGCUGGUGUCCCAAAGCUUUAGAAAUGGCUUUAUAACCUUUACCAGACUGAUAGAUCUCAAUUACUUCUGUUCUCAUUUGUUCCUGAAUUUCUUUGGAUCUUGGCAUGAUGUCUAGCUUUUGAGGUGCUUUUGGUCUACUUCUCUGUGUCAGGCAGCUCCUAUUUAAGUGAUUUCUUGAUUGAAACAGGUGUGGCAGUAAUCAGGCCUGGGGGUGGCUACGGAAAUUGAACUCAGGUGUGAUACACCACAGUUAGGUUAUUUUUUAACAAGGGGGCAAUUACUUUUUCACACAGGGCCAUGUAGGUUUGGAUUUUUUUUUCCCUAAAUAAUAAAAACCAUCAUUUAAAAACUGCAUUUUGUGUUUACUUGUGUUAUAUUUGACUAAUGGUUAAAUGUGUUUGAUGAUCAGAAACAUUUUGUGUGACAAACAUGCAAAAGAAUAAGAAAUCAGGAAGGGGGCAAAUAGUUUUUCACACCACUGUAUAAAACAUUCCAAGUGGGCGUUCACUUAACCAUAUUCCAAAUGAGGUAAUCUUUAUUGUGCACAGCUCCAUUUCUAAGUGAGCCCAAGAGAGAAAGAGUUAAGAUGAAUAAAACUAAACAACAUACGGUGGUGAGUUAUGUCCACUCUUCAGCUUGGCUAGCUAAGUGAGAGUGAAGCCAAGUUGUGUGCAAUUAAGAGAAGAAAACAUACAUGCACUGUUUAACGUUGUCCGUAUUUAUUAUUAUUAAUGUUACUUAGAUGUAAAAAAAGAUACUGUAUUUUACAUUUUAUUGCAUUUAUAAUGUUUUUAUGUUUUUGUUAUUAUUGAAUUCAUUUUUUAUAUGUUGUGUUCAUCCAUCAGUCUUAACACUUUUUUCACAUUUGAGGUUACAAAGCUAUACAGCCUAUUGUGCAAUCAUCCAUUCAUUCUUCCUUUUAAUGAACAUGCACAAUCCAAUAAUGGGGUCAAGGAGAGCCAUAGACAAUCCAAGCAAUAACACGCACAAAGCAGGAACCAGCCCUGGACAUGGAGCCAUCACAGGGUACACUCAUGCAUAUACCCACACUGCCUCACACCUGAACAAUGCAGAGCUGGCACUCAGUCUAACACCAACAUAUUUACACACAGGGGAAACACAGACUGGGCUGGCAUUUGACGUUGCUCUCCUGGAGCUGUGGGGAACAAGUGCUAACCAUUGCUUCCUCAAGCCCCACUGGAAACAUUAAUUUAUACUUAGAGUAAAUAAUACCUUUAAUGAAGAAUCCUAGUGCAAAGGGCAUUUCUGAGCAAUUACACUGUAUAUAACAAGACAAGAUUCUGUGCAGGUUAUGCUCCAGCUAGAAGACCUGGCCCAUAGUAUGCAACUGUGCCAUGUCUUGCAUGGAUUUCUUUCCAUUUUCUGAAUGAUUAUCGAUUUAUAGCUGUUUUUUAAUUGUGUGUACUUAUCAGCUUAAGACCAGUUACACCAGUUUUUCAGUAGCUGUUCAUAUUCUCUAGACUUUACAUCCAUGGUCUCAAAAUCUAUUUAUUUAAAAUUCAUAAAAUUUUGACUUUUCAAAAUAACUUGAUUACUUUCCCAGUACAAUGUUCAUUCAGUUUUUGACACUUCUUUCUCUUGAUUGUGUUCCCAGAGGUAAUAAGCACAUUACAGCCAGGUCAUUGCAGGGUUCAUUCACACGCAAACUCAUACCAAGGCACACUAGGUCAGUUUACCAUCAUCCUGACAUGUCUUGUCAUACUCCACAGAGAAGACAUCCCAAGUGGCAAACAAAAAAGCAUCUAAGCGUUAUGAGGCAGCAAUGUUACUCACCUUGUUAUUAUGUAUAUAAUGGAAUUUCUAACAAUGGCAAAUCUGAAAUAAAUCAUCUGUAUUAAGCUUG